CUGGUCCCGUCGUCUUCCAGAUUAAGUUAGGUCAAAUUAGGGUUAGAUCAAGAAGAUGAAGUUAGGGUUAGGUUAGGUUGAAGCAUGCGCUGUAUUGUUCUCGUGGCAAUCGUGGCCGGUGGCACUUAAAUGGAUUUUCAAGCUCCUAUCAUACUGAUUUGCAUUGAAAACGAAGAAGCCGAGGUGGGAUUUGGACAAAUAUUUCCUUGUUCUAAUUGGUACAAUCAUGGUGUUCAAUGUUUCAAGUGAUGUGAUACGAACUUAAAAUCUCGUGGAAAAUUUCGAACUUGUUGCUGUUAAUUAUAAAAAUAAUUAAUAAUGGUUAUUUUCUUGACAUUCAACACAUUUGUGAUAAAAAUUACAAUACACUAAUGUGUAUUGAGAAAUAUAUGUAUAUACUUGAAUGAGAAAUUAUGUAAUUAUUAAUACUUAUGCUCUUUAGUAUUCUGCAUGUUAACCCUGUUAUGUCACAUUCGCGCGGCACGAAGUUGUAUUUUCAGUGUCAUGCUCAUUAUACAUUAGACUCACGACAUCAACUCUGUGAAUCUGAAAACAUUAUCUUGUAUUAAUUACACAUUAUUCGUAAAGAACUUUGUAUAAUCAGUAUGUGUAGGUUCAAUUAGUCAUCUAGAUAUCAAACUGAUAAAAUCAAGUAGUGUGUAUCUAUAAGAAGAAUUACUGUGGACUUUUAUUGCAAGCGAACAACAAAUUAGAACAUAAUGAAGAUGACAACAGUUCUAGCUAAACACACUCUUCACAGUGGAAUUUUUCAUCCUGUCUUACGAGAAUGGCAGUCACCAAAUGUUGAGAUCACUAUUAAUAAUCUUAUGUAUCCAAUAUUUGUUUCGGAUGCAGAAGAUGCUAAAGAAUCUAUUAAUAGCAUGCCUGGUGUAUAUCGCUAUGGAAUUAAUCAGUUAGAAAAGAUGUUACAGCCUUUGGUUGCAAAAGGUUUGCAAUCUGUUUUAUUAUUUGGUGUAACACAAUAUCUCGAAAAGGAUGAGAUUGGAAGCAAUGCCGAUAGUGCAAGGAAUCCUAUUAUUCAGGCUUUACCAUUAUUGCGAGAAAAGUUUCCUAAUCUAUUAAUAGCAUGUGAUGUUUGUUUAUGUCCAUAUACAAAUCAUGGACAUUGUGGUAUUCUCAACAGUGAUGGUAGUAUAAAUAAUGCAAAUAGUAUCCAGCGGAUUGCUGAAGUUGCAGUAUCAUACGCAAAAGCUGGCGCCCAAAUUAUUGCACCAUCUGAUAUGAUGGAUGGUAGAAUUAGUGCAAUAAAGCAAGGUCUAGCUGCCGCUGGAUUUUCCAAUAAAGUAGCAGUUUUAUCAUACGCUGUAAAAUUUGCAUCAGGACUUUACGGUCCUUUCCGAGACGCAUCACAAUCUGUACCAAAAUUUGGCGAUCGCAAGUGCUACCAGUUGCCUCCUGGGAGUAAUGGGUUGGCAGCCAGAGCUGCUGCAAGAGACGUAAAUGAAGGAGCAGAUAUGCUGAUGGUGAAACCAGGAUUGCCUUAUUUGGAUGUAAUGCGAUAUACAAAGGAUGCACAUCCAGAAUAUCCUUUAUUUGUAUAUCAAGUAUCAGGAGAAUACGCUAUGCUGUAUCAUGGUGCACAAAAUGGUGCAAUCAACUUAGAGAAUGUACUCAACGAGAUAUUGCUUUCUAUGAGAAGAGCGGGCGCUGAUUGUAUUAUAACAUACUUUACGCCAUUAAUUUUGGAUAUGUUGCAACGGAAAAGCAAGUUAUAAUUAGUUACAAUUAGA